UAAAAUUACUCUGUAUUUUCAAUUUAUUAUUUUUAUUAAUUAAAUACUUCUUAAAUUGAAUUCAAAUAAGAGACUAAAUUUAACAUUGUACAUAUUUAUUUUGUGGUUUGUAGGAGAUAGUGUUCAGUGUACGUCAUGUGUACGAUAUAUAUGUGAUGAUUUAGUAGGCUAACAUUUGCAUAUAGUGAAAUCUUUAAAGUAGCUGGUAUUCGCCCUACCAAUGAAAUUAUAAAAAUGCUGAGCAGAUUCUCUGAUGUGUUGCAGACGGCUGCUGAUGUUCUGGCUCCUCCAGCAACGAGGUUGGAAGACUUUGAGUACCACUGGAAGAUGAUACUAAACUUUUAUCAGAACUAUGAUGAUAACAGUAAAGUUCACAUUGAAGAUACAAGAAUACCCCAUCAUUUGCAUCAAAUGUUACAGCUAAUAGUGGAUGAAGAAAAGGAGCAGCAUGGUGGCACAGUUGGGCCGUGUCUGGAAGCGAUAGUGCAGCGUUCCGUUUGCGUGUUGGACGCGCUGACAGCCCUAGCUGCGGCCGACCGUCCGCCCGGCGCUCGCGCACUCGCUCUCACCACGGGCACCGCGCUACUACGCCGCACGCGACAACCCUGUGUAAAUAGUGCACAUGUAUACAGGCCUUUGCAGAGAAUGUUAAUCCAAUGCAAUGAAAACCCAGCAUCACCAACUGAAAAAGAGGAAGUGGAACUCCUCCUCACACUAUGCGGUCUUGUCAGAAAGGAGCCUGGCUUAGCUAACAUAUUCACCACACCAUUUGUAGAAGAUAGAGCGAGCUUGUUAAGCAUACCAGAAGAUAUACAGAAGUUAAUACCAAUAAAGACGAAAGUCCAAACACCAAAGAAGAAUCCACUUUUCGAAGUUGAAUUACCUGCAAACCCUUUUAAGAAUGUUUCUAUAGUUAGAACUAAUGGUAGUGAUUGUAAUACAACACAUAGCAGUUUAGCUGAUGACGCGUCGUAUAAAAGUCAGAAAACUGUAUAUGAAGAUAACGAUAAGUUUUUAUUGAUUGAUUUGUUGCUGUCGUAUUUAAAUAGUGCUGAUAAUCAAGUAGUACUCCGCGCGUGUGAGGGUAUAAUGAUAGUGUCCUCACUACCAGAAGACGAUAUAGCUAACCUGGUCACCAGCUGCAGCCCGGCCUGCGAAACAAUAGUUGAGAAGCUGGUAGAGAAGUAUAAAUGCAUUCCAGAUGACACGGACCCCACCGAUGUUGAUAAUUUAAAUAUAACGUGGGCAUAUGUUGCACAUGAUUAUGGAGACAAGAGCUUCAACAGAUUUCACGGGUACAGAGAGUUGACGAGCUUCUUUUCAUGGUUGGAUUACUGCGACACCCUCAUGAAGGAGUGCCACCCGGACAUCGCGGUGCACCUGUCGCGCACGUUCCGCGCGGGGUUCCUGGAGGCGGCGGCGGAGGCCGGGGGCGCGCGCCGCGCCGCGCUCUGCGCCGCGCUGCUCGCCAAGACACUCAAGGUCGUCGACGCGCCGCACCUGCUCAUCGAAUUCUCCAACUGGUUGGUUGGUGAGGGUGAAGUGUCGGAGUGGCCCCUACUUCACACCCUCAUAAGCAACUGUCUCACAGACAACUAUGACCUGACUCUGGAAACUCUACGCUUCUUCGAGACGAUAAUCGAAAAGGGCACGGAGCACAUGAUCCACAGACUAGUGUUGUCGCGCGUGUGCACUCGCGGGUACCUCGCGCACCACGCGCCGCACUCGCCGCCGCCCACCGACGACGACGAGCGAGACAGACUCAACGACCUCUCCACCUGGAGGGAGCGAGAGAGGAACAGGGAGGCGAUGAAGCAGCUACAGCACGAAGGUCACGUGAAUGAACAGAUCAACGAUAUACUCACACACGAAGGUGUCGAUAUCACUGAUCACAACGAGAGUGAGAACAUACACAGAAUUAUCAAUAGUUUCCUGUUGCUGCUGCCCCGCGCGAUUCUCUCCGACCCGGUGGGGUCUGAUUAUAAUCAUUACAUACACGACGCCCAUAGACAUUAUCAGCUUUGGUUGGACAUAACAUCAACAUUCAAUUGGCCAACCGACCACAAUUAUAUCGACAACACAGCCAGUUCCACGCAUAGUUACGACAGUCGACCGGAAGCGGAUAUACACCUAGAUGAAGCGUACCAAUCGAUAAAAACCGAUAAACCCAACUCCAUCGAAAAAAUCGGUAACUACUGGACCGAAGAGAAAUGCCAGUUCACGCAAAAACUGGUAUUAAAAAGUAAAGAUUCCAUAUCAAUGCCUGAAGAAGAGUUUGACGAAGGUCCAUUUUUAAAAAUGGUGUUCACUUUGCUAUCGACCAUGCCAACGCAGCCUUAUCAAGUGAAUUUGCAUUUGACAUCCAUUAUUUCGAAGUUAGCACUAAUGCCACAUCCAAACCUACACGAGUAUCUUUUAAAUCCAAUGUUACAAACUGGGAAAAAGACACCGACUCUAUUUAAAAUACUCCAGGACUUAGCAAGGAGGUUGACUAUGGAGAUACCGAGGAUAAGAAAUUAUAAAAGGAUUAUUGAAAAUACGAGGUUGCAGCUGAUGAGUGAGGACCCUAGUUAUGAUGAAAGAGACGACCACAAUCAACUGGUGGAGAGUUUGAUAGUUCUAGAAGAAUUCUGCAAGGAGUUGGCAGCUAUAGCAUUCGUCAAGUAUCAACAUUCGAUGCAUAUUCAUAGAUAAAUUUGUGGCCUUUAUUUGUUUGAAGAUUAUUGGAUAUACAGAGAUUUUGUUGCUAUUAA